AAGAAAAAAAAAGAAAGAAAGAAACAAGAUCUGGUCCAAGUCUUGACCCUUCCCAGUAGGCUAAAAUCUCAUUCGUUCAACAUCAGUGGGAAAUUCCAGCGUUUGGGGAAAAACAAGAAUGGCAUCAUUUGGAAGGAAACAGGGCAUGGUAAUGGCCAGCAAUCUCCUGAAAACCCUAACCGGAAAAUCUUCCAAUUUCGGGUCCAGAAGUCUCAGCGGCGUUGGUAGCAGCGAGGUCGUCACCUCCCACACAGACAAAUGGAUGCAGGAUUCUAGCAAGAAAUCUCCCAUGGAAUUGAUCAAUGAAGUUCCACCUAUCAAGGUUGAGGGAAGGAUUGCUGCCUGCGAAGGAGACACUAAUCCAGCUCUUGGACAUCCAAUUGAGUAUAUAUGCCUUGAUCUGCCCGAGCCAGCUGUAUGCAAGUACUGUGGUUUGCGCUUUGUUCAAGAUCAUCACCAUUAGGGCUGCAUCAUGAGGAUUCCUGAAUUAAGAAAGUCGUCUUCAUUUUAUAUCUAAGGAGCUGUGUUUAUUAUGUUCCUUUGCACUACUAAUGGGGGCAAGUUUUGCCUUUGUAAUAAGGAUUAGGGUUCCUUGUGAUCCAUUUUCUUAAAGCUGUCAUGGAGAUGCCUUUGGCAAGUUCAUUUCUCUCUUUUGCACAUA